AUGUCUGAUGCCCAAUUGUCCUACGUCGGUGCCCCUCCUCCAGCUCUCCCUUCGGCCAACAUCUUCGAUUUCAUCUUCUCAAAUCCUCUUCGAAAGGAUGGCCCAGUCUCCAAACAUGCUCCCGAUACCCAAUGUCGCAACCAUGUAGUAUCCGACAUUGCUCCUCACAAACCUCUGCUUGUAGACCCUGUCACAGCUGCACAAGUCAGUUGGGAUAGAGUACGCAUCGACUCGUUACGUAUUGCAGCUGGACUACAUGCUUUGGGCUUGCAGCCUACCUCUGCUGUUCCCCUGUCUUCAACUGGCCAUACUCCCAUCAUCUCCCCCGUUGUUCUGCUGCACCUACCUAACUCCCUGGCUUUUGCUCCUCUGCUCUUCGGUGUGCUCGCCUCGGGCUUGACUGUGACUAUGGCUAACCCUGGCUUGACUUCUGGUGAACUCGCCUGGAUUCUCAAAUCUUCGGAGCCUCAAGUUGUCGUGACUACACCAGAAGGCCUACAGGUCCUCAAUGCAGCCAUCACCGAGAGUGAUAGCCCAAAAGUCAAGGCCAAUCUCAUCAAUACACGCCGUGUCUAUAUCGUAGACCCCGUCCAUGACGAGUACGGUCUCCCGUGUUCUCAUUCCAAGGGUACUGCUUUGGACCAACAUUCACAAGACUGGAAGGCACUUUUAGCCUCCAAACCACUAAAAGCCCCUAUUCAGUUCAAGGCUAGCGAAUACAAGGAACGAACGGCAGUCAUCCUCUGGUCAUCCGGUACUUCGGGCAAGUCCAAGGGCGUUGUUCUAUCCCAUCAAGCGCUUGUCAGUAACGUGCACUCACUUUGGCAUAUCAACCAAGCAUUCGAUGAGAAUCAAAGAUGGCUGGGCUUCGCUCCGUUCUACCACAUCUUUGCACUGUGUAAUGUCUUGCUUCUUGCAGUGGCGUCUGGAGCUACCAUCUUUGUGAUGCCAAAGUUCGACCCUAAGCUCAUGCUUGAUCACGUACAGCGCUUCCGUAUCACCUUCUUACAUAUGGCCCCUCCAGUCGCUGUACUACUUGCCAAAUCACCAAUGUUGGAUGACUACGACAUGACGAGUAUCCAGGGUGCUGUCAGUGGAGGCGCUCCUUUACCGUCAGAAAUUGUCGAACAAGUCUAUCGACGACUAGGAAUAUUGAUCAAGCUGGGCUAUGGUCUUUCAGAAGCAGGGUCUGUAUGCAACCAAGUUGGAGAGACAUGGGAAGUCAUCCAACCGCAGCUUGGCAACACCGGUGUGCCAUGUUUCGGAAUCGAGCUCAAGAUUGUGUCUGUCGAUGAUCCCACGAAAGUCGUCGCCAAGGGUCUUGAAGGCGAGAUCUUGAUAAGAUCUCCGACAAACAUGACCUGUUACCUCAACAACAAGGCAGCCACCGAUGAAGCUCUCGACAGCGAAGGAUGGUUCCACACUGGUGAUGUAGGCAAAAUUGAUGCCAAAGGUCAUCUUUGGAUAACCGACCGCUUGAAGGAUGUGAUGAAAGUGAAGGGCUUCCAGGUCUCACCUUCCGAGCUCGAAAACAUCCUUUGCGGUAGCCCUUCGGUGGCCGACGCUGCUGUGUGUGGUCUUUUCGACGCUGGCCUCGCGACGGAAUUGCCCAGAGCUUACGUCGUGCCUUCCUCAAAACACUUGUUGGCUCAGUGUACACCAAACGGUCCUGUUACACCAGAGCUCCAGGCACUGGCCCAAGACAUCAAGCAGUUGAUGGAGACCAAGACUGUGCGGUAUAAGUGGUUGACAGGUAAUAUCGUGUUUGUGCCAGCAGUGCCAANNAAGUCACCGAGUGGUAAGAUUCUAAGGCGUAUGUUGGUGGGUGUACAGGGUGUCGAGGUGAAGCUUUAUUUGAGCAGGGCUGAGAAGGCGAAGCUGUAG